AUGCAGCUCCGUUACACGGCGGCAGUUGUGAUUUCUAUGAUAGCGUUGCUAUUGCCUGGAGCAACCGUUGAAGGUCACAACAUCACCUCCAUUCUGGCAAAGUUUCCCGAGUUCUCGACUUUCAACCAUUACCUCACCAUUACACACCUAGCCGAUGAAAUUAACAACCGACAGACCAUCACCGUUUGUGCGGUAAACAAUGCCGGAAUGUCAGAUCUGCUAAGUAAACACCUAUCUGUGUAUGCUAUGAAGAACGUCCUAUCGCUUCACGUGCUGCUUGACUACUUCGGUGCGAAGAAGCUUCACCAGAUUACCAAUGGAACCGCCUUAGCAGCGACAAUGUUCCAAGCUACCGGUACCGCCUCUGGCUCCUCUGGAUUCGUCAACAUUACGGAUCUGAAAGGCGGUAAGGUUGGAUUUGGUAGCGAGGAUACCGGUAGAACGGAUGCGACUUUUGUUAAGUCGUUACAUGAGCUUCCUUAUAACAUCUCUGUUAUCCAGAUCAGCAGUAUGUUGCCGUCAGCGGAGGCCGAAGCUCCGACUCCUGAACCUGCCGCCGUCAAUAUUACCUCUCUGAUGUCGGCGCAUGGAUGUAUGAAUUUUGCUGAAGCUCUUCUUGCUUCUGACGCAAUGAAAACUUACGAAGACAACAUCGAUGGCGGAUUGUCGGUGUUUUGCCCCCUCGACGAUGCUUUCAAGGGCUUCUUACCUAAAUACAAAAAUUUGACCGUCGGCGGGAAGCAAUCGCUACUUGAAUAUCACGGUGUGCCGAUCUAUCAAUCGAUGUCGAUGUUAAAAUCAAGCAACGGUCUAAUGAACACACUAGCAACCGACGGUGCUAGCAAAUACGAUUUCACAGUACAGAACGAUGGGCAGGAAGUAACAAUCAAGACAAGCAUCGUUACUGCGAAGAUCGUAGGGACACUGAUUGAUCAACAACCGCUUGUCAUUUUCACCAUCAACAAGGUACUUUUGCCCAAAGAACUUUUCAAAGCCGCUCUUUCCCCUGCUCCAGCUCCUGCGCCCGAAGCUGAUGCUCCGGCGGAGUCACCAAAGUCUUCGAAGAAGAAGAAGCACAAGUCUCCACCAGCGUCCGACUCGCCAUCGGAUUCUCCGGCAGAUUCUCCGGACGACGGCGUCGCUGAUCAAGAGGCAGAUAGCAACAGUGCUACGGAAAUCAAGGGUUUCAGAUUUGCUGCCGUGGCCGUGGCUGUGGCUUCGAGUUUUUGGUUUGCCUCGUUAGUCGUGUAA